CAAAAAAAGAUAACCACGGACGAAAUCCCCGAUCCCCGACAAAAAAUCGAGCCGAGUCAGAGUCGAGUCACUGAGGACAAAUAACUAACUAUGCAAACUAACUAACUGUAAAAGAGAGCGUGACUGAGCCUUGAGAUCUCGAGCAACAAGACGAAAGAAUAAGAGACACUCGACGCUAGCUAGGUUUUUCCAUCCCCAAUCAUCAGCGGCGUCGAAGAUUGCAGUACCAUGAAACUUAAACCAGGUUGUUCAGGUCUCAGCACGUUGCUGCUGACGCUCAGUGUUGUGGCCUGUGCCAACAGUGUACGCUACCGGUACAUGCCAGGAGUCAACGUGCACUCGUUCAAAGAAGGUGAUUAUGUCAAAUUGAAGGUGAACUCUCUCCAAUCCGUCAGCACCCAGAUACCCCUGGACUAUUACAGUUUCAGCUUUUGUCAACCAAGUGACGGAGCUGCGAUGGACAGUGAGAAUCUGGGAGAAUUCUUGGCCGGAAGUCACAUCCAAACCACACCCUACGUCAUCCAAAUGAAAAAGGACAUGUACUGUGAGCAAGUGUGUAUUGCCAAUUUGGGAAGGGCAGAAGUGCCCAAAAUGAAACCAAAUAAGAACGUCAGGGCCAUCCGUGCUAACUACCACCACAACUGGAUUGUAGACAACUUACCUGCAGCCUCCAAGUUAGAAACCGAUAGUUUGAUCAUGACCCGCUAUUGGGGGGGUUUCCCUGUUGGGUUCAUUGCAGAUGACAACAAGAAGGCAUACAUACACAACCAUGUAAACAUUGAAUUGUUUUACCACCCCGUCAAAGACCAAACAUUUGAUUCUGCGUACCGGGUUGUCAAAUUCAUGGUCGAACCAUUUUCCAUCAAACACAAUUUCGAAUACCUUGAGGAGGAAGAUAGAGACCGUGGGACCUAUUCGCCAAGCAUCAACAUUGCCAAGAUCAAAAACCCAAUUGCCUCUUGUAAUCCCAACACACCAUACACUCAAAGGCCUCACACAAACUACAACAUGGUGGUGGAGCGAGGCAGAGAACCACAACCAGCUUCAGGAAGAGCCUUGUUCACAUAUGAUGUCAUUUGGACUGAAGACUACCACACGGAAUGGUCCAAUCGCUGGGAUGUCUAUCUCAGCUUGAAUGGUGCUGUACCUGCAAAAGUCCAUAUUGUCUCUAUUUUUAAUUCUCUUGUAAUUACUUGUGCCCUCAUGGCUCUCUUUGCCUGUUGCGUCGUCAAAAAACUCAAGGACGACAUUGCAAGAUACAGUGAUCAGCCGUCCCACGAUGAAGAAGUCCAAAACACUACCAGUCUCCUCCCCAGCAGCUCUGGACAGGAUGGUUGGAUCCGGGUCUACAAGGACGUAUUUCGGCCUCCGGCAUCGCAACCGAGGUUGUUUGCUUUGGCAUGUGGCACGGGCGCCCAGAUCCUUGCCACACUCCUCCUCAUUAUUGUUCUGGGAUGGCUGGGAGUUUUGAACCCAGCCAGGCGUGGCAGCUUAUACACAGCGGCACCAUUGUUCUUUUGUCUCAUGGGAAUCGUCAAUGGCUACGUGACGGCACGGUUUUACAAGACAUUCUUUGGCCAAUCCUGUGUCGAAACAAUCCGAUUUGCUGCCAUUUGGUUUCCUUCCAUCAAUCUGGCUGUCUUUUUGUUUCUGCAGCUCAUCUUUUGGAGCCACUCCAGUACUGCUGCGGUCCCCUUUGCCACUCUCAUGAUCCUUUUUGUCCUGGUGCUCUGUAUACAGACUCCUCUUGUAUACUUGGGUGGUUACUGUGGAUACCAGAAGGACCCCAUGGCAUGCAUGGUAUACAACUGCGACUGCCUCCCAAGUCCAGUCCCACCGCAGCCAUGCUAUGUGGCAGCCCCCACCACUCUGAUUUUCUGUGGAAUCUUGCCAUUUGGAGCCUGCUUUGUGGAAACAUACUACAUCAUGGCCAGCUUUUGGUUGCAGUACUACUAUUACGAAUUCUUCUUCCUCCUUGUGGUAUUUUUUCUGCUCAUCAUUACCACAGCACAAACGACGGUUCUGGCAAGCUACUUGCAAUUGAGAAAUGGAAAUCAUGAGUGGUGGUGGAGAGCCUUUGGCAAUGCGGGCAGUGCGGUUGGUUGGUUAUUUGCCUAUUCUUGCGUGUACAGUCUGCAGCUGGACAUUCACCACCUGAGUACCCACAUUAUCUACUUUUUGACAAUGGCAAUGGUGUGCUUCGGGUUGUUUUGCAUGCUUGGGUUUGUCGGUGUGAUGGCUUCCCUUGUGUUUCACAAAAUGGUCUUCUCAUCUGUGAGGAUCAAGUUAGGCUAUGAAUUGCUAUCAGAGGAGGAUGGAGUCGAUGAAUUGCAGAUGCAUGAUGUGACUGAUGGCGAACUGGCACCCGAGGCAGCCAACACAAGCGAGGAAGGAAAGCCAACGGAGGAAUAGCAAAGUUAAGGCAAAAAGCACAACUGUUCUCAUAAAUCGACCCUAUACUAAGCACUGCCUCCUUGCCAGUACGCACGUCUCAUGUUCCGGUGUUGCAGGUGCAUGGCAUCAUACGCAUGCAGCCUGCAUCCUCCAAGCACCAUCAGCAUCAGUCUCAAGAAAACACGUGGAUGAUAAGUGGAACGAAUGUGCAUAAAGCGACGGAAUCAACAGCUGCAUCGCUUUGCCCUGCACUUUGGUCUCCUGAGUGUGUCUUCCAGAGUUCGCUCACCUAAUAAAUGCGUUGGCUGUGAUGGUGCGUCAAACACGAGAAGAUCGCGCCCUGCAACAUUCAAGCUUGCCGACAUCUCUUCUUUGGCUUCAGCUUUUAGGAGGCCCUCCAGACUUGGCAGUGCUCUCUAGAGGAAGAUGCACCGGUUCCCUAUCUGGCUAUACAAUAGUUGGCCUCUGAAGUUCGAACUGCUGUUCGGUGCAGACUGAGCCUCCACUCGCGCGAAUAGCGGUAUUAAAAUAGCACGAGAGUGCCCCAUGGACACACUGAAGUUUGAAGCAACCAUUCCCGAAAUCCGUCUGGACCACACUGGCUAUUUCGUACUCUACUCUUCAUAUCGCAUUGCGUCCAAGUCCGAGACCAGCCAGAUCGACAGUCGAGUCCGUACCACAUGUAAGGCCGUAAUAACGGCACGAAGCGACAAAUGCCUGCGUCUUCUUCUUUUGUUAGAGCAUACUGGUAGAGCAGACUCGACUCCACUCAACACCGAUGCUCGGAAACACUUUACGCAUGGCGACAACGUGUCGUGUGGGAAUCGUCGUCUCUCUGCUCUCCCCGUCUCUUUUGCCAAACAAAGCUUUAACGAUUCGUUCCAAGACAGCCCAAAUCUAAACCCGCACGAACCCAAAAGACGAGGCGACCCAACUAUGGCGGCGCGUCUCUGGAGAUGUCAUAAAGCGGUUCCAGUGUCUCGAAGUGCCGCAUUCAUCUGGUUCUCGCCUUCUUUCCGCAUACUUUGGAUCCUGCUUCCUUCUCCGUUACCGCCUGACAAGUGAUGAGUGCUGAUGACCAAAGCGAAGGCGAAGGCGCUUUCCCGGCAAUAGUCGUCGUGCCUACGGCCCCCCCGGAGUGGGUAAAACCCACACCUUCGUGCAAUUCGACCGUUUCUUUGACAUUGCCCCCGCUAGGGCAGAGAGACUCUUUGAGAGCGACGGUCUGUCCUCUUUCGUUGGUCGUGUAUGGCGCCAUCUUACGGCUUUCAUGGGUGAACUUUUUGGGUGGCCGUAUGAGAGGUACACCGUGACGACUCAAUCGUCGGAGUUUUGGUCAGCAUGGGCGUUCCUCUUGCCUUGGCUCAACACAAUGCUGCCAGAAUCGCUGUAGAUGGUUUGCCGGAUGAUCUUAUUGACGAACUAGCGACAAGGCUCUCAAGGAACCCGGGAAUUCUAAGUGAGAAUUGAAGGGUCACAGACGAGUGAUCACUUGCAGAAGGCAGCUCGGUUGCUUUGCACUAUUUGUGGCCACAGGCAAUGACUGCAAGAAAACUGACCAGCACAAAACACUGCUGCUCGCUCCCUGGACAGCAAUAUGCACUCAAUAUUGCGAGAUAUAUUACUUCAUUAUGGACACCUCCAUCUUCUAAUAUACCACAAAGC